AUGCCCCUCUUUCCCCUCCGUCGCGUUCCUCUCACAGCUUCUCUUUUCUCCUCUCGACUCACUCCAUCCAUUCGUCCUUCAUUCGUCUCUCGUCGCUUCUUCUACGGCCAUAUCUCCGACUCCAAAAUGGCGCCACAGCUGGAGCCUUUCUUUAAGCAGGUCGACGACUCGUCCAAUGACUUCAUCGACCGUCUGCGCAAGGCGGUUGCUAUCCCCUCUAUCUCCGCACAGGAUGAGAACCGAGAGGAUGUUGUCCGCAUGGGUCAGUUCUUGGCCGAUGAGCUCACGGCUCUAGGAGCCGAGGUCGAGCAACGGCCUUUGGGCAAGCAGCCUGGAAAGGAACACCUCGAGCUGCCCCCAGUAGUGAUUGCUAGAUACGGAAACGACAAGAACAAGAAGACCAUUCUUGUCUACGGACACUACGACGUUCAGCCCGCUUUGAAGGAGGACGGCUGGGCUACCGAGCCCUUCGAAUUGACCAUCGACGAGAAGGACCGCAUGUACGGCCGUGGCUCCACCGAUGACAAGGGUCCUGUACUGGGCUGGUUGAACGUGAUUGAUGCCCACCGCAAGGCCGGCAUCGAGUUCCCCGUGAACCUGCUGUGUUGCUUCGAGGGUAUGGAGGAAUAUGGCUCCGAGGGUCUGGAUGACUUUAUCAAGGCCGAGAGCAAGAAGUACUUCAAGGAUACCGACGCCGUUUGCAUUUCUGAUAACUACUGGCUCGGCACCGAGAAGCCUUGCCUGACAUACGGCCUGCGUGGUUGCAACUACUACUCCAUCAGCAUUUCCGGCCCCGCCCAGGACCUGCACUCCGGUGUCUUCGGUGGCUCUGCGCACGAGCCUAUGACUGAUCUUGUCAACGUCCUCUCCAAGCUUGUUGACGCUCAAGGUAACAUCUUGAUUCCCGGUCUCAUGGACCUUGUGGCCCCUCUCACCGAGGAGGAGCAGACCCUGUACCCGGAUAUUAGCUACACCAUGGACAACCUGCAUGAGUCUCUGGGUGCCAAGACUGGUAUCCACGCCACCAAGGAGCGCACUCUGAUGGCUCGUUGGAGAUACCCCUCCCUGUCUAUUCACGGUGUUGAGGGUGCCUACUCGGCCCCCGGUGCCAAGACCGUCAUUCCCGCCAAGGUCAUUGGUAAAUUCUCCAUCCGUACCGUGCCAAACAUGGAGAGUGAAGAAGUGAACAAGCUGGUCUUUGAUCACAUCAAGGCUGAAUUUGCCAAGCUGAACAGCAAGAACACCAUGGACGUCUGGCUGCAGCACGAUGGCAAGUGGUGGGUCGCUAGCCCUAAGCACUGGAACUUCUCUGCUGCCGGCAAGGCUGUGCAGCAGGUCUUCGGUGUUAAGCCCGAUCUGACCCGCGAGGGCGGAAGUAUCCCCGUCACCUUGACCUUCGAGGAGGCCACUGGCAAGAACGUCUUGCUUCUUCCCAUGGGCAGCUCGACCGAUGCCGCUCACUCUGUCAACGAGAAGCUUGACAAGCGUAACUACAUCGAGGGAACCAAAUUGCUGGGAGCCUACCUGCACUACGUUGCGGAGGAGUCUACAGCAUAG